CUUCUUUCUCAUCAUUACCCCACCCUUUCCUUCCCACCAUUAUUAUACAUAUACAUAUAUUCAUUCCCACCUCCCAAUUACACCUCAUUCCACCCACACACAAACACACACACAAAAACAUGACUUUUCCCGAUUGGGUUUGGGUUUUCUUCCCCAUGAUCUUGUUCAUUUCCAUCCAAACAACAUCUUCACAACCAAUAUCCUUAGGAUUCAAAUGCACAACCCCAAACAAAACAUGCACAUCACUUAUUGACUACAAACUUCCAAACACAACAACCUUAUCCUCCAUCCAAAACCUCUUCCAAAUCAAAAACCUCCGUACCCUUUUGUCAGCAAACAACCUCCCAAUCACCACCCCACAAAACCAAUCAUUCCCAUCUUCCCAAAUCCUCAAAAUCCCAUUCCCCUGUUUGUGUCAAAACAAUUCCGGCAUUUCCAACCGGCGUCCGUACUACACUGUUGUACCAAAUGAUGGUUUGUAUCAUAUUGCGGCUGAGGUGUUUUCUAGGUUGGUGACAUAUCAACAGAUACAACAAGUGAAUGGGAUUCCUGAUCCUAACAAGAUUGAGGUUGGGGCUAAGUUGUGGGUCCCGUUGCCUUGUAGUUGUGAUGACGUGGAUGGUGAGAGUGUGGUCCAUUGUGGGUAUCUGGUUGCUAGUGGGAAUAGUGUUGGUGGGAUUGCCCAAAGGUUUAACACAACUGAGAAAACUUUGUUGGAUUUGAAUGGGAUGAGUGAUGCUAAAGAUUUGAAAGCUGAUUCUAUCUUUGAUGUUCCUCUUAAAGGUAAAUUUUAUUACUAUUGUUAUACGGAGUAUUUUUUUACUCACUAGUUUCAAAAAAAUAUU